CGGGGAAAGGGAGCGCGCCUGCCUCCCGCCUUCCUCCUCCUUCUCCUCAGGAGGGUCGCAUGAAAACGACUCUUCCGUGCCAAGGGCACCUUCUCCCCGCCCCGAGAGAGAGAGGGAGGGAGGGGCUGUGGCUUUAACAGCCGUAUGGCAGGCAGACGUUCAACGGAUUUAGUUUCCCCAUUAAACACAGCCCCAUACGCAGAAUACCCGCCCCCCCCCCCGGUUGAACUUCUGGUAGCUGUUAAAGGCACACGAGUCGGUAAAGUGGAGGGAGAGGUAGCAACUGCAGUUGUCCCCUUUCUCAGCCUAAAGAGAGCUGGUGGCUGUGUUUGGACUUGGAAGAUGAUUUUGAGAUGUGGUGGUUUCAGCAAGGUCUGAGCAUCUUGCCUUCUGCCCUCGUUAUUUGGACAUCUGCUUCCUUUGUGUUUUCAUACGUUACUGCAGUCGUCUUACAUCAUGUUGACCCUUUGGUGCCCUACAUCAGUGACACAGGAACAACACCCCCUGAAAGAUGUUUGUUUGGGAUAAUGUUAAACAUUGCCGCUCUUUUGGGCAUGGCAACCAUGUAUGUCCGAUACAAACAAGUUGAUGCUUUGAAUCCUGACAACCCCAAGAUCUUCAAGUUAAAUAAAGCUGGCUUUGUGUUAGGAACAGUUAGUUGCUUUGGGCUUUGCGUCAUUGCAAACUUCCAGAAAAGCACUUUAUUUUCUAUGCAUGUAACCGGAGCCUGUCUCACGUUUGGAAUAGGAGCCAUUUACAUUCUGGUUCAAACAGUUCUUUCCUACAAGAUGCAACCAGGGAUUCAUGGGAAGGGCAUUUUUUGGAUCAGACUGACAGUUCUGCUGUGGUGUACAUCCAGCAUAGUGAGUAUGUUUAUUUCUUCAGUCAUUUUGUACAGUGGCCUGUGUGGAACAGGUUUAGUACAGAAGCUGCAUUGGGACCCCCAGGAGAACGGUUACACUUUUCACAUCAUGAGCACAGUCUCUGAGUGGUCCUUGGCUUUCUCUUUCCUCAGCUUUUUCCUUACUUAUAUUCGUGACUUCCAGAAAAUCUCUUUGCGUACAGAAGCACUGCUGCAUGGGCACAAUCUUUAUUAUACACAUCAGCAGCUACUAACAGAUGACCAAGGAAUGCCAACCACAGGGAAUAUAUGAGAAGAUAACAAUGGAGAAUGAGUAUGAAUUGGAUCUAAAGGUGGAAUCCGUCCAUCAGAGAAUGGCUUUUUCUGUCAGAAGGGAAACUUUGGAUCAAACACUAGCUUUUAAUAUCUGAUGAACCUAUGUUGGUUUUGUGUCUAAAAAUCCAAUGUUGCCUGAGUGCACUUCUGCUCACACAAUGGGACUUCCCUAUCCUCUCCCCAAAUCUGUCCUGGAAGGCCACCUAAGUAAAGUGAAGUGCCAUUGCUCUUGAGCACAGACACUGUUGGAUUUCACUGAGUUAUGCCAUCAGUCUUAAUAUGCAACUAACAAGAUAGAUGCUUACUUGUCUCAUUGUCAUCAACCACAUCUACAACUCUAUAAAUGUGUUUUAAGAUUUAGCACAUUCUGUGCAAGCAGUAAAAAUGUGUCAUUUCAUAUGCAAAUAUUGAUGAAGGAUUGUUAAUGAAAUCUGUCACUUAUGUGAAAAUAUUUUUAAUUAACCCAUAAAGCAAUGCAAUUCCGAAUAUGAAGUAAUACUGCCAGUAGCAGCCUGCAACAUUUCUUCUAGAUUUUUAUAAACUGAAUAAUAAAAUACAAAUUAAAGUUU